GUUCUAUUGAGAUACUACCUCUCUGUUUCUUUACCCUGGAUUUUUAUAAAGUUGCACAGGCCUGAGCGAGCCUUGUUUACAAUCGAUCGGUGAUUAUGUCAGAAUUAGUAUCUUCUUUUAGGCUCAAAAGCUCUUAAUCCGUUAGUUAAUUUUAGAGGAACUUAGCGAACUCACUUUUACUUGUAACUUAAUCAAGUUGUAUUGCAAAAUGUUAGUAAGUGACUCGACAACGAAAAUCGGCUUAAUAUUGCUUAGUGGAAGAUUUGUGUACCGAUAGGUUUCAUUCUCUCCUGAGGCAUGUUAAAAAACCACCAUAGUUCAUCAUUAGCAGAUAAAAUUAGUUUUAUUCAUGUGAGAUCAUCCUUAGGAGAAGCGAUAUUUUUUUGGAAGAUUUUAUUUUCAUUAAGUGAUUCAUGUACAAAUUCAUGUUUAUAGACACAUGGUGUUUAAAUAAAUGUGAGCUGAAAUAACUCAAUGAACUAGGAAUAGACUCUUAUCAGCAGUUUUCUUAAACGUAUGUCAGAAACGUACAUGUAUGUAUGUUUGUAUGUAACAGAGUAUAUGUACAAAUAUGAAUAGACGAGAAUGUAGACAUUUAUCUUUUUUUUUAAUAUGUAUAUGUUCUUUUGUUUGUUUUUAUGAAGUUAUUAUUUUUUUCUGAAGUGUAUAUUGAUUUUUAAAUAUUAAUAAAAUUAUAUAGUUAGUGAAAUUUUGUUAGAAGUGUAAACAGUUCUAUAAUUUUAUGUUGCUUGUUGUUUAAUAACAUAGGGACAGUUUUAUUUAAAUUGUUUUAAUUCAUAAAAUUAUUUGUUAUAUAAAAGCAGAUAUUUAUGCCUUCAUUAAUAAGAUGAAUUAGGGUUAUGCUGCUUAUAAAUGUAUUUGUGUACACUUGUGAAGUUCAGUGUUGUGUUGGGUUAUAAAUGAUUCAGUGGAUUGACUCCUUGUGUUAGUUUGAAGAAUGCUUCCCUCUAAAGGAUAUUUUUCUGGCAUGCCAUGCCCUUUUUAUGAUUCUGGCAUUUGCGAGAGGCCCCAUUGCCAUUUUAGACAUAGCAAAAAAGAUAGGACUAAUCCUUCUGAAGAAGAUGGGUCUAAAUCAGAUAAAGAUAGUAAUGUUAAUAUUAUCAAAGAAUUAGUUACUGAAACUGUAAAACAUGUGUUAUCCCACACUGAUAUCAGAGAUAAGACAGAAACCUCAGGCUUGAAUACUGAAGCUAUCGUGACAGAUGUCGUUAAAACUUUUCAACCUGGUAUUGAAUCUAAAAUUGAUGGAAACACCAAAGAAUAUAACAAUACUGUUGAAGUCCCGUCUUAUAAACCUACUCCUAUAUCAGAAUUGAAUAAAAAACAUAUACCUGUUGUUUAUGCCCCUACAAGACCAGUUUAUUUAGACAGAUUUAAAAAGAGGGAAAUAAAGGAGUCAGUAUUAUAUACACCUAAAAGUUUGAGUGAAAAUUCUUCUCCUACAUCUACUUAUAUUCCAUCAUCUUCAUCAUCCAAAACUCGCUGUGAAGCUUAUUCACCAGAAAAUGUUAGCUCUUAUAGGUUUUUUACAAGUCAAAUUUCUGAUGACAAUAUCACCGUUACUAAUGAUGAAAUACAAAUUUCAACUGAAGAAAAUAGUGGACUUAAUAUUAAAAAAAAUUAUGGGUUAGAAGUAAGUAAUCUUAAAACACUAGAAGCUUUGGAUAAACUGAUCGAAGAUGAGUUUGAUAUCAAACCUCUUCCAGAUUCACUUGACAAAGAUAAUGUCAAAUUAAAGAAGGAAGUUGAGUUAAAGUCUAGUAUUUCUCCCGACAUCAUUGACAAUCCGUGUAAAGUACUUCCACCAAAAGUUAUUGAAAGUGAAGAUUCAUCUCAAAAAAAUAAAACUCAUCCUGUUUCCAAACAUAGCCAUUCAAAAAAUAAAGGACAUAGUAGUGAUAAUUCUUCAAAACAUAUUUCCAGCCAUGAAAAGCAUAGUCAUUCAAAAAGUAAAUCUCAUUCUGGUGACAUUUCUAAAUCUCAUACCAACAAAGAUAAGACUUCUAAAUUAAGUAUUUCUGAUGAAAAAAACAGUCCCAAAAGCCAUUCUAGCGACCAUUCUUCAAAGCGUACCUCUAGCCACGACAAACAUAGCCAUUCUAAAAGUAAAACUCAUUCUAAUGAAAGUUCUUCAAAACACAGUUCCAAUCAUGAAAAACAUUCAAAAAGUAAAAACCAUUCUAAUGAUAGUUCUUCCAAAUCUCAUAGUAAAGAAAAGAACAAAAUUAAAAGUACAUCUAAGAAGUGUGUUAAGGAUAAGGAUAAAUCUAUUCAUAUCAAGGAAAAGAGUAAAUCUAAUGCAAAAGAUAAUAAAACAAUUGUAAAGUUAACAUCAAUUGAAAGUAAGUUGCAUAAAAAAAAAGAAAAAGUGAAAGAGGAUUUAAAGAAAUCACAUAAGAAAAGAGAAACAUUGUUGGAUAAGGAAAAGUUAUUAAAAGAUAUUCCAGCAAGAAAAGUCUCGAUUGAUGCUCAUGAAAUUAAUAAAUCUGAUGCUUUCAUAGAACAAAAUUCAGUUAGUAGCUCAUCGGAUUUAGAAGAAAUUCAGUGUCCACAAGAGCCUAUUCUAAUUGAUUCAUCAUCAUCUUCCUCACCUAUUAUUGAACAUUUUGAAGAUUGUUCAAUGUCGCCAAAACUGAAUUUAGAUAGUGAUUCUGAUUCUGCUACAAAUAUACGACCAUCUUCAUCAGCAUCUGAAUAUGAUUCACCACCACCUGCCAAAAAGCUUAAGGGAGAUGAGGAUGAUUUGAAAGUCACUCCAGCUGUGUUUACAUCAUCGUUAUUUUCAGAUCGCUGGAAAAAAGCUCGUGAAACUGUAAAGAAAUCAUCAGCUGCAGGUAAAAUUAAGAUAGCUCAUGUUCCAAAUGUAAAAUCAUUAUUAAAUGCUAAAGAUAAACUUAUUGCUAAAGCAAAGUCGCCUACUAAGGAUGAUCUCACUAAUUCUAAAAAAAUUGAAGACAAAAAAGAUAUUAAUGCUGGUAAGCGUCUUAGAAAAGCACAUAUGCCCUCAAAAGAAAGAAUUAAUUAUCCAUCCCUAAUUAUGGAAGAGAAUAUAAAGGUCCCUGUAUCAAUACGUCAGUCAUGCCUUAAUAAUUUAUAUGACGAGUAUCUUAAGUAUUGUGAAGAAGAAGAAGCGAAAGUGAAGGCCCAAACAGAUGAAAUAGAAAUCUGUAGAAGAGUACAUGUCCCAAAAACUUAUCAAAAUGCUGUUGCCCUCUCUUUGCUAAAAAUUAGAAAAUUACAAGGUAAAAGUGACUCAGAAAUAGAAAUGAUGUCUUCGAACAUUCUUUUUUCAUAUUCUAUUCCAGAGUUUACUUAUGGUUGGACCAUCUAUAAGUGCUUUGCUGAGUAUUUAAUGAAAGAAGAAGAAUUCAUUAGUCAUGGUUUCCCUAUUGAAAUUAAAUCAAAAUCAGGCAUUGGUUAUAUUGAAAAGAGUGCUAGACGUUAUGAUGUGAAACAGCCAGAUGAUCCUAAUUUAAGAAUUUGUGCGAAUUGUUCAAACAAUUAUUAUGUGGAUGAUAAGGGGUUUCCAGUUAAAGAAUAUGAUUGUUUUUACCAUUGGGGUAGGUUAGCUAGGACAAGAGUUAGAGGAGGUAUAACUGAAUUUUAUAGGUGCUGUAAUGGUGAAAUAGGUUCUGAAGCUUGUACAAAUGGAAGGUAUCAUGUUUGUAAUAGUUACGAUGAAGAUUGUUUAGAAGGAUUCAUCACCUCACGUCCAUCAGACAAAGAACCAGAAAAAGCAGGAAUAUAUGCCAUGGACUGUGAAAUGUGUUAUACGACAAAAGGCCUAGAUUUAACAAGAUGUACUAUUGUUGAUGUAAAUGGGAAAAUGGUGUAUGAUGAGGUCAUUGUACCUGAACAUCCAAUUCUAGAUUACAAUACUAGGUUUAGUGGAAUUACUGAAGAUAUGGUACUAAAGUCAAGAAAAAAAUUAAGACAUGUGCAAAGAGAUUUAAUGAAGCUUAUUAAUGAAAAGUCAAUUUUAGUAGGUCAUUCAUUAGAAAAUGAUUUCAAAGCUUUGAGGCUGUUCCAUAGAACAGUUGUUGACACUAGUAUUGUUUUCCCUCACCAUAUGGGCUUGCCAUACAAAAGGGCUUUGAAGUUGAUUGCCAAAGACAUUUUAAAAAUUAAUAUCCAAGAAAAUGAGUCAGGACAUGAUAGUUACGAGGAUGCCAAUACAUGUAUGCAAAUAAUGAUGGCUAGAAUAAAAGAAGAUGCUAAGAAAAGGAAACCAAGGGUAAUCAUCAGUUUGGACUCUAAAAGUAAAACAAAAUCUAAUACUGCUAGGUGAAUCUGAAAGUUUGUUACUAGGGAUUGUUAAAUGUGAAAAGGCCAAUUUUUGAGCUUUCUUCUUAUUCACUGGUAUCCAUUUAUUAAUAGGAUCCAAAGUCUUGGAUAUUGGGUUAAUAUUUUGUAUAAUCAGGAUUUCUAGGCGGUGAUCAUUUUACACAAUUUCUGUUUGUGUGGAAAUAUUUUUCUGACCACUUGAACAACUGAUGAGUUUUUAAUAACUUUGUUAAUUGGUGGCUAUAUAUUAUAUCCAAUCCAUGUUGGAAGUAGUUGCCCCUCAGUUUAUUUGAUAAUUCUCAGGAUUUGUGAUUUUCAGUGGUUUUGAUUCUAUAUUUAUUUAAAUAAUGACUUUAUAUCUUUUAUUAAGUAUUAAUUGAAGGAAUACUAUAAAAAGAGAAAUGUCUUGAUAAACUUUUUAUAAAAGCUACAAUUUAACUGUGAUAAUUUUAGAUUCAAUAGUGAUGAAUUAGAAAUAUGAAAAUUGAUGAAUAUAUUGUACUGUAACAUAUGUGUGUAUAUAUACUAUAGUUGAUUAUUUAUUGGAUUAUAGUUCAUUUUGAAUGUUAAAAAAAAUAAAUUUUUUUUGUUAUUGUCAUAAUUAUUAUUUAAAGUACCAUUGUACUUAAUUUAUCUCAACAAAUUACUGGGCUGCCACCUAAUAUGUAUCCCAUUAAAAUUGUUACACCGUAAUAUAUAUAUUUUUGCUUAAGCAUAAAAGAAUAUUAAACAAAAAAGAUCUGUUUAAGAGGAAAAAACAUGAGUAAAUAACUAAUUUUGUAAUAAAAACAAUAUAUUCCCAGGAAAAUUUUAUGAAUAUAUUUAAUUUUAAAAGUUUGUAAUAGAUAUGGGACACUUCAAAAGAACAUUUUUUCUUGAAAUUGGAAUUUUUUUUUGUUUUUCUUUUAUAAGUGAUGUAUCUAGUCACAUAAAUACUUAUAUGACCGAUUGUCGGAGAUAAUUCAGUAGUAUUAGAAAGAGUCACCCUUUGAAGAUAGAGCUGUUAACUUUCAUAAAUUGAGAAGAUUGAAGACUAUGAAAGCAUCCUGAUGGAAUGUCGUGUAAAAUUUUUAAAACAUUGGUGUUUUAAUUUCUCACCAAACCAAGUCUGGACCUGCAUGCAUUACUGGAAUGACUUUAAAAAAAUUCUUAGAGUUUCAAACUUUUUUUUCUUUUUAUUACAAACUACACUUCUUUUUUCAGCCACACUUAUCCAUGUAGUUUAACAAGUGCUUCAAUUUCAAUAUCGAUCCUUUGAAAAAUAGCAUGAAAUUAUUUUUAAAAAUGUAUUCAUAUAAAAGUUUUAGGAUUGAGGAAGUAUGUAAGAUUUGCAGACUGUCCAAGGAAAUUCAAGAUUGCAUCAAACUUACUCAAUUAGUUCUUAAUUUAAUCCUCUGGGUUCAUUAUCAGUACAUAAACAGAUUUGAAAUUAAGAUGCCAUUUCAUCAACAGCUGCAAUAGAAGAUCUGGCAAUGACUGAAAUAUCUUGAUAUAUCUGUGUUUAUUCACAAAAUAUUGAUAAAAUAAGAAGAUAUACAUUAUUUUUCUGUUGCUCAAGAGUGAAUAUGAUUGGUAUUUAAUCUACAUACAAACGGCAAUGGAGGUUCAAUCGAAGCUGAGUUGUGUUGAUCUCAACAAUCAUAGAAUUGAACCAGGUGUUCAUUUUGUGCCUGGUCCUGAUGCAUGUACACUUUGUGUCUGUGACAGUGGAAGCCCAAAAUGGUGCAAAGCUGUUCUUUGCUCACCACCACAGAACUGUAAAUCUUUCCGUGUUGGCAAUUCAUGCUGUGAUUUUAUUUGUUUGGAUGAUACUCUUGGUAAACCUGAACCAGAACAUGAUUUCAGUGCAGAGCUUGGUUUACGUCUUAUAGCUACAGCAAUCACAGCUAUCCUUUCACUUUCUCUGCUUUUCUUUCUUCUUCAUAGAUUAAGACAAAGGAAAAUAAGAGGUCGGCAAGAUAGAGAACUAACUGAGGAAGAGCGUAGUCUUGGCAGUAUUGGCUACAUUGCAGGAAGCUUGGGAUACUUGCCAGAACAUCAUUUUGAAGGAACUGGUGCUGGCUAUCCACUUUGGAAGCCAACUUUUUAUCGAGGUGAAGCUCCACCUCCUUACGAAGAGGCACUUGCUGCUGCUAGAGCAGAAGCUGCUCUUGCAAGAGUUCCAGGCCCAAGUAUUGCAUCUCAAAUGCAAUCUCAACAUAGAACAAUUCCUGUGAAUUUGGCCACAAGUGGUUUACUUUUAGGUAGUACUUCUCCAUUACCAGUGGAAACCAUAAUUCCUCCAUCUGAACCUCCACAAUCAAAUGGAGGGGAAAUUGUAGCUGAAGUUGUUGUUGGCUCAGGAGUAGCAUCAAUCGAGGAAAAAGAAGAUAUAUCAAACAUCAGUACAUCAAGCAUUGGGGUUGUUAAUUCACAGAUCAAUACAACAGCUGCUGUAGUUGAAACCAAACGAGAAGGACCCACAGCUGAUGAGAGUGAUGAUUACCGUAGUGAAUGUGAAAACUGCAACAUGAGACAGACGCCUGGGUAUGAAGAAGACUUGGUUACCAUGACACUUCAUCGAAGGACUGGUGAACAGUGUGAUCAACAUUUUUACUGUAGAGCAUCUCUUACAUUGCCUACACACCCCAGGAAACAGCUAAGAUGUGGCAGCGGUAUGCAAGAGGGUGUUACCAUGCCUUGUGCCAGAGAAAAUUGGUUUAGUAGCAUGCCCGAAUCCUCAACUUCUGAAGAAGAUGAAGAGGAAGAAUAACAGAUAAGGUAUCUAGCUCAAGUCCGAUUGCGGCAGGAAACUGGUGUGUGAUAUUGGAACAUACCAUUCCAAGCUAGAAAAUGCCCAAAAUUUAAAACCUACUUCUUUAUAAGUUACCUUUAAGCUAAUAUUAAUUUUAUAUUUAUAAAUGUAUUGAUGUUUUAUUGUUGUACUACAUGAUGAUGAAUGCAUUUUGACUUUUUCAAAAUAUUUUGAAGACCGAUAAGAUGGUAGAAUUUUUAUUAUAGUGAUUUUAAUUACCAUUUUGAUUGAAAAUAAUGUCCAUAGUUCCUUUAUACUAUAUUCUUAGUAAUAUACUGACUUCAAAUAAUAAAAAUAAUAUUAGACUUCUUAAUCUCUCUUACGACACUGUCAAUUAGUUUAAAUGCAGUGUUUAUUAAUUUUGUUUAUCUACUUCUUGUAAUUUUCUUGAAAAUACUAUUGUGUAUAUAUUUUUUAUUUUCAUUUCGCUAGUAUAUUUAUAUAAACAUAUGUAUGUUUUUGAUUUUAAAACAAAAUCGACUAAAAGAAACCUAAGUUUUGUUUUUAGACUUGUAAUUCAUAUAUAUUGAAAAUCGAUUGUAAUUAACUCUAGAUUCUCACUGCUUAUUAAAUAAUGAGAGUUAAACAAAUAAAUAUUAACCCAUUAGCGCCAUUCAUUACCAUAUGUUAACAUAAAUUGGUUCUUGACCUUGAAUAAAUUGGUAAAAAGAGAAGCAGUGAAAUCUUUCCUUUAAUUUAAUGUCAACUCGAGAGUGGGCCAGAGUUUUGAAGUUCCAAUGUAGGAAGUUAUUAAAUCAAUAGAGGGUGGUCAUGAAAAUUAUUUGUUGGCUUAAAAUGUAUAACAUGCUGUACCUAUAAUGAAAAAUCAGAUACCUUAUAUUUAUAUUCAUACAGAAAGGAUAAUUCUAAUUUCUUCAUGGUUCGGAAAAAAAUUAUUUCUUUCUCCUAGGGUAAAUAUUUUAUUACUUAAAUAGUCUGGUUACAUAUUCAAGGUUUCGGAAACCUACCAUCUUCAGGAAUUUUUUUUUUCUUUGUUCCUAAAACUUUUCAUACCAUUAUUUGUUAUGUCAUCAUAUUUUAAAAUAUUUUUUACAAUUGUUCUACUUAUGAACAUACUUAUCGUCCUUAUAUUGAGUGUUUAAGAUAAGCUCUUUGAAAAAAAUAUGGUGCUGAUAGAUAAAUUAAUGGAGUUACAAUAUUUAAUUGAAAUAAAAAUAUUCACCUAAAUAAUUUAUUUCAAUAAUUCAGGGGAAAUUCAAGACAGUGUACUCACUCUCCAUUACCAUAUGGUAACAGGCAAAACUUGCAAAACCAAAAUUUUUAAAAAUGAAAAUGGAUUCAAUAGUUAAAAAUAUAAAAAUGAUUAGGUGCUAAUGGGUUAAAAAUUCAAUUAUUUCAGAUAAAGAGAUUGGUUGAUAAUCAAUGUUUGGGAUAAUAGUAAUAAGAUUUGAUAUAUUUUUUAAAACUAUAAAUUAUAAAAUUUACCAAAAAGAAUUUCUCUAUUAUUAAUUGAUGAAGAGUUAGUGUUUAGUUGUGCUGGAUUAUUGAACAUGAGAAUACUGAUGGAUCUUAGGUUGAAAUUUUUUUUUAUUGAUUAAUAUUUUUGCAAUCUUCUGGAAACCAUUGCCAUGUUGGAUUGUAUCCCAAAUGAUUGUUUAUGUAAAAUGUUUGUAUAGGUAUAUCAUUAUUUUUUUUUUGUUAUAUAUAUAUAUAUAUAUAUAUAUAUAUAUAUAUAUAUAUAUAUAUAUAUAUAUAUAAUAAAGAAGUAAUCAUAAUGAGGUUUAACAUGUUUGAAUUAAUUUAUUCUUACUUUUAUAUCAAUCAAAUUUGAUUUAAACAAUAUUGCUAAGAGAUUGAGAAGGUAGCUUAAAAAAUUAUUGGUAACGUGCUGGUUUCUACUUCUGAACAAACACUACCAUUAUCUCAUGCACGAUCUACAUAUAAUUCAUAAAUGAAACUGUUUUUACAUGGUUCAAUCAAACAACAUUGAUAUUGGAUGAAAAUUCUUAUGCAGAUAAGGGGCAGUCCCAAAACAUCUUUACAUUUCAAAUUGACAAAACCUAUUUGAACAUCCCUCAGAUUAAUACAAUAAUUUUUUAAUUUGUUUUUAAAUUUAAAUUAUGUAACAUAUUAACAAAACAAAUAAGUUAAUAACAUGUUUUGUUUAAAUUAUUGGCUUAUCCUUUUUUAAAAAGUAUUAUAAAAUAUAAAACUUAAAAAUAUUAUAGACAAAUGUUUAUCUGUUAUUUUACAUUUUAAAAUAUUUUCCUUCAAAUUAGAUAUUACGAGAUAACAAUGCAGAGAUGUUUUCAUUAAUACAUAUCAUUUUACCAGCAGUUAACAUUUAAUAGUUUUUCCAAUUCUUUUGUUUAAUUGCAAGUCCCAGCAUUUCAUGGUAUCACCUCAUUAUUACAUUUUCAAAUAGUUCUUUCUAUAUUUGUUGCAAAUAUAUUUAAGUAGCAUUCAGUUUUUUAUGAACUAUGUUUAAUUUCAUUACUGCUAUUAUCUUAAUGGCUAUCUUCCUACAUAAAAAAAAAAAAAAAAGAAAAGAAAGAAGAAAUAGGAUGUGUUGAUUAAACAAACUAACAAAUUUAUGGAAAUCUAUGGUCUCAAUAAACACUUUUAAUGUUAUUAUUUAUUGAUAUUACAUUUUUUUUUCUUUUGAAGUUCAAUGUAAACAAAUUCAAUAUCAAAAUCAACGCUACAGAUAGUUUAUAGAUUAGUUUACAGAUAGUUAUAGUUUCGAGUAAUAACAAUGUCUGAUUUGACUACAUCAAUCAGCAAUUUUUUCUUCAUUUCUUCCUCUUAAUUUUCAUUCCUUAUUUAUUCAUUUUUUUUUUAUAUGUUUGGUAAUUUUUAUAUUUAUUUUAUGUCAAUUUAAAUAUUUAUGCAUUCCUAGAUCCAACAGUAUCUAAUCCUUAACUUAAUUAUAGUUAAAACAUCUGUGAAGUUGACAGUUGACACCAUUUCACAAUGUUAACUUCCUUCAAAAUCAAUGAUGCUAGAAAUACCUUGUUCAUUUUUUCAUCUGAUAACUAAAAUCAAUGAAUCCAUAUUUGCCGCAUGGAGUGUGUAACAAAAAGUAAAAAUAUUGUUAUUUAUAAAUAGUUAUGUUUUAGGACACUAUCUAAGUUCUAUGUUUAAUAAUGUUAAUUCUAUACUGUUUAUAUUUCUUUUGCUGGUCCUUCCUACUUUACUGAUAACUUAACUAUUCAACUAUUCCUUUCUUUAACUCAACAAAUACUUAUUUCUUUUAUCACUUUUGAAACAUAAAUAAUUAAUGGCUUAAGAAAAAUUAAAUAAAUCCCAAGAAAUUACAUUCAGUUUCUAUUGAAACAUACUGACUGCCUUUCUUCCUCUUUAACUCUUAUUUGGGUAGUUAUAUGAUAUUCCCGAAACCUUGCCAGGUGAAUCUCUUUGAAUUCUCCUGAAUUUCUGUAAAUUUAAAAAACUUCUUAUUGGUUUUGCUGGUUUCAACCUUUACUCUAUAACAUUACUUUGUCUUCUUUCUAAUCACUCCAAUCAAAAAAUCCUUGCAAAUCUUCAUCAAUUUUUAUUAUAACUUAAUACAAUUCAUCACAAUGGUCUUUCUAUCCUCCAUGUUUCAAAAUUGAACAGAAAUAUGUAAUCAAAUUUGAUGUUAACCCAACCCAGUAAUCUCAUUGUCUUAUUUUCUCAAAAAAGUAUAUAUUUUCCAAAUAAAUUUGAAACUAUUAAUCUGAUGAGGCUAUUUUUAGCUUCUAAUAUUUUUUAAUGUUUUGUAAUUUUUCUUUUCUUUUUUUUUAUUAGACUUUAUAAUCACUGUUAUUAUACAAUAGAUGUUUGCUGUUUUUAGUUGAUUGAUAUGCAUUUUUCAGGCUGUGACUAGUUUUUGAAGACAAAACAUUAAUAAGCCUAUGAAAAGAAAUGUGUACAUAGUAUUAGCUGAAUUAUGUUUAUUGCUUUAAUUAACACAAUUCCUCAAUCCAUUGGUUUUUGCUUAUCUCUGACUUUAGUUUUUAAAUUCAUUGUUUAAAUGUUGUUAUAAAAUAAAUUUAGUCUUUCAAACAUUUCUCAAUUUUUGUAUGUUUAUUUUAGUGUAAAUAAUUUUUUUUUUACAAUUUAAAUCAUUAACAUUAUAAAUGUAUUGAAGCAAAUUAUUGAUAAUUCUGAAUAUUUAAGUAAUUGGAACAUGAAGAAGUAAUUAAAAAAGCUGUUUGAAUUGUUUUUGUGAGCCUUCUUCUUCUUGGUAUUUUUAUCAUUACAAAAUUAAUAAUAAGGUUUUAAAUUAAUAUAAUUCAUGAAUUGUUAAACAUGAAAAAAUAAAUUUAAUUUAAAUAUUAUGGAUGUUCUACUUUUUGUUACUUAUUUCAGAAUAUUUCCUGAAUCAUGUAUAUAGUGUGGAUUUAAAAACAAACAAAAACCCAUUUCAAACAAAAUCUCCUAUUGGUAUUUUAACUUAGUAUUAACAUUACUACCUUAAAUUAUGGUAUUUUCACAAUAUCUACAAUUUUCCUUUGGUAAAUCUGUUUUGAAAAAAAGCAACUGGUCUUCCUUCAUUUUUUUGUUUUCACAAUCUGUUGGUUCACCUAAGUAAGAUGAAAAUUAAAUGUUGCAAUAUACAGUGAAUAAGGGGUUGAUGAUUUUAAUUACUAAUAGCUGCUGACCGUGUUGCACGGCCCAGUGUCGCUUUGAUUGAACAACCAUAGCAUUGCUUUUUCUUCCACAAAGCAGUUUGAUCUUCUCCUGCUUAUAAUUUUUGGAGCCACUCUAAUACUCGAGUGGCUGAUAGAAAGUCUAUUUUCUUCUUUCAAAAUAUUAUAAGCUUCAGUCAUAGUACUGAAUUUUCGUAUUGAAUCAUUGCUCUAUGUGAAUAAUAAUUUUCAAACAAUUCAUUUCUAAAAAAAAAGACAGCCUCAAUGAUGAGCAUACAAACUUGACAAGGAGAGUAACAGAGAUGAGGAAGGCCAUAGUCCAUUGCGUUUUUAUCAUUACUAUGGCCAUACUAUGUAUAUUAUCCCAUUAUAUGCGUGUGUAAUUCAUUUUGUGAUUGUAGAGAAUCAUUAGCACCAAUCUUAGAUUUCUAUAUGUUUUAAGUUUGUGAACAUUUACUUUUAGGUUAUUAAAGCAAUACUCCAACAUUUUGUACAUAAUGCACUAUUUCAAUAAAUUAUAUCCGGAAAUAAAUUUAAUGUUUAUGUUUAAUAGACUUUGUUUAUUUCUAUAAAGGAAUUCAGAAAGUUUAUAUCACUGUAGUUAGUAUGAAUUAUGUUUUAAAUCUUUUUUGUUAUAUUUUUUCUAAGGGUGCUUUAUUAGUAAUAUGCUUUAGAAUUCUGUUCUAUCAUAUGUUUUUACUUUUGCUUACCUAUAUUUAUUUUACUGUUGAUUUUAGUGUAAAACGUUUAUUUCAAUAAGAUAACAAAUUAUUUUUAUAUUAAAAAAUCGAUGGUUGUGAUUUGAUAUGUUUUAUGAAUUUUACUUCAACUCUAUUGCUAUUUGUUUCAUUUCCUUUUUUUUUUUUUAAAUAAAUAAGUCUGUCAGUCAAUUUUUAAGUUUGACAUUAAUUAAGAAAUGAUAGAAGGGCAUUAAAAAAGUAAUUCAGACAGUUUAUAACCAUAUUAAUUGAAGAUUGCUGUAACAUACCAUAAGUUGAUUAGCUAUAUUAUUUGUACGAAUUUCAUACACUACUUGGUACACUUUUGGUCUUAGGUUUCAUUAAUUCAUUAUUAUCUUUGGUCAUGCAUUAAUGUAUUUGAAAUUGUUACUAUACUGUUUACUUGUAAAAUAUCAAAAUAUAAUAUAAUCGAGGAUUACUGUUUGAAGAAUAUGUUUUUUUAGAUUUUUUAUUUUUCCCAUUUCAAUCCCCUCUCAUUCCCCUUAUUAUGAAAUCAUGGAUGAUAUUUGACAUAAAUGUCCGUUGAUAAAGUAUUGUUUUAUGUAAAAGAUUUUUGUGUAAUCUAAAAUAUUCCUCGAUUACCUAAAAAUAAUUAAUAUUUAAAAAUAAUUAGCUUAUACUUAAUAUUCCUGUCAAUAAAACUAUCAUCAUGUUGACAAUGUUCAUAUUUUUAAAGAAUUGAGCUGAUUUUAGACUUUGUUAUUAUUUUUUAAAACUAAUUUGUGUUACAGUUUAGUUGUUGGAUAUUUAUUUAAGUUUUGCUAUGUUAAUAUACCUCUGGGACCAGUAGUUGCUGGUGAACUUUUUUGUUAUUUUUUUGUUACCUUGAUUGUAUUUUACUUAUGAAAUGUGCUCAAUUUAAAAUAAAUAUAUAUAAUUGAUUU